GCAGACAGGCCAAAAGUUCACUAGCUCCGGGAUUAUCGGCCGUAUUCAAUCCGUUCAACGAUGGUAAUCUGUGAGAUUGAAUUUUGCAAUAACCCCCGGGGGGUUUUCUACGCGGGCCAAUUGAUUUCAGGACAGGUGGUUAUCAAAGUUGACAAGGCAAAACCAGUUAAGGCUGUUAUUUUGCAGAUAAAAGGAUAUGCCGAAACCCACUGGACCGACCCUGAAUUCGAUGCUGAAGAGGACGAUCUGUCCAGUGGUGAAUCAUUCAACGGACAUGUGGACUACAUGGCCACUAAGGCCUAUCUCCACGGCUCUGGCAGCAGCAUUGAGGUGAUUAUCGAGCCAGGCACAAGCACGUAUAGAUUUGCCUGUCAGCUGCCCGUCACCUGUCCCUCCUCGUUCGAGGGAACCCACGGCCGGGUCCGGUACUUGGCCAACGUACGAUUUUUGAGGCCCUGGAAAUUCGAUCAGAAUUUCAGUCGCUCCUUCACCGUACUCAAAGUGAUGGAUUUGAAUACCGAAAGCAUGAUGCUGAGGGUGCCCACCCAGGUGGAAUCGCAACGAACCUAUUGCUGUUUUCCCUGCCGGUCUGCCCCACUCAGUAUCCGACUCUCCCUGCCGCAGGGUGGCUUUGUGCCAGGCCAGACCGUACCGGUGGACGUGAUAGUGUCCAAUGACAGUCGUGUUGCUGUGGAGGAUAUUACUGUUCGUCUGGCCAUGGUGGUGAUCUACUACAGUCAGCCCCCGAGUGCAGACACCAAUAAAGAUAGAUUCGUGAUGGUGGAAAAGACAGGUGACGGUGUUGCCACGAAAAGUCGCCAACAAUUUACCUUCGAUCUGGAGAUUCCUGCCACACCGCCAACCUGCUUCAACCUUUGCAGCAUCAUUCAGAUUGGUUACCAAGUAGAAGCGGAGGCCAGGGUCAAGGGCUGCCAUGCGAAUCAGUCAGUACACACACCUGUUACCAUUGGAAGUGUGCCCUUGACUAGUCAGUUGCAAAAGGAGCCACGGAUCUGGGGGGCAGAUCUCCAGCUCCAACAACUAGAUACCAAAGCAUUGGUUUUGAUUGAAUCCCACCAGGCCGAGGAGCUCCAGAGUCCCCCAAAUCCUUGGGAAGGUGAUCCUUCGAUACCACCUCCUCAUUUUCUCGAAGCCAAACACAUUCUUCCUGUCCAGCAAAAGGCUAAAAAAUCUAAGAAAAAGUCAAUAAAAAUAUCAAAAAAAGAGUCUACGAAUCCUAUUGAAAAAAUUACUUUUACGCCACUAUAUGCUGUGUUUGAUUUGUCUUGUGAAUCUGAUGAAUCGAUUGUGAGACCCAAAGUAAAGACUGAAGGUGGCUUCGUUAACGAGGAUAUGGACAGAAGUACAUGGCUCUAAAAUUAUAAUUUUAAUAAACUUAGAAACUAAUAAAGUAGCUCUAUAGAGUA